AUGUCUAAUUCGCAGGCUAAACCAGUACGCAAAGCGUUCAUAUCUAGAAUUACUAAUGAAACCCAAAUUCAGAUUGCUAUAUCUUUAAAUGGAGGUCACAUCGAGAUCGAGAACUCAAUUCUGCCAAAAAAAGACGCAGACGAUGUAGCUUCUCAGGCUACCAACUCCCAAAUCAUUGACAUCCACACAGGUGUCGGGUUUCUCGACCAUAUGAUACACGCGCUUGCCAAGCAUUCCGGAUGGUCACUAAUUGUGGAGUGUAUCGGUGACUUGCAUAUCGAUGAUCACCAUACUACCGAGGAUUGUGGUAUUGCACUUGGUCAAGCUUUCAAAGACGCCCUUGGCGCUGUACGUGGAGUGAAGAGGUUCGGAUUUGGCUAUGCUCCCCUUGACGAAGCUCUUUCGCGUGCUGUCGUAGAUCUAUCCAACAGACCAUUCGCAGUGAUCGACUUAGGCUUGAAGAGAGAAAAGAUCGGUGAUCUCUCUACAGAAAUGAUUCCACAUUUUUUGGAGAGUUUUGCAGAAGCUGCUAGAAUCACACUUCACGUUGAUUGUAUAAGAGGUUUUAACGAUCACCACAGGAGUGAAAGUGCAUUUAAAGCGCUGGCCGUUGCCAUAAGGGAAGCUAUGUCUAGCAACGGCACUAACGAUGUUCCAUCUACCAAGGGUGUUUUAAUGUAA